AUUUAUUAAAUGUGUUAAUCACGUGAUCUAUUGGUUAGUGUUUAUUAGGGAAAGAAAUCUUUAGUUUUUUUAUUCAAAGAUAUUCCCGAAGACAUCAAAUCCGAAGUGAAGACACACGCCAUCAAUGAGUGGCCGAUUUAUUGCCGCCGGUUUUCGACAAGACAUUGAGUCGUUGUUCAGUCGGUUCAUUAGCGGCGACGAUGGAGACGAUCGGCCAACAAAUGAGACAACAAUCUCUGCGACCGACGCCGGUCUAGACGUAAAGCCCGAUCCGAAAGUGGUGUCACUUCGGUUCAGUCGAUUCUGUCAACUGUGGCGUCAAAUGAACUUUUCCUAUGUCUUUAGUCUUCGCCAAAAUGUGAACGAAUUGCGCGAAUUUAUCGACGAAAUCUUUGUCGAAGUUUUGCCCAAUGUUUCCGAUGACCACCGAUUGGAGCGACGGGUUUGCGCUCUCUAUCUGUUGUAUUCUCUGUAUUGUAAACAACCGAAAAUGUCGGACAACUCAUCGUUGACAUCGACCUCCAAACAAAAGAUCAGAAUUAACUUUUCCUAUUUGGAACAAAUUCGUUGUCUGAUCCAGACUUGCAAAGAGUUGGAACAGAUGGACGUGUGUUACGUAUGGUAUAAGAUGUUGGCUAUCGGUGCCGUCCAUUUCGUUCACGUUUCCCGAUUGAUGGGUCCGCUAUACAUAAGGAACAGUCGGGUGACGAGCGAAACACAAACCAAAACCGACUUUCUUAUCGAUCAAUUCAAGACUUCAUUGUAUCCACCGUUUGACGAAUUGUCGCACAUUCACGAAAAGUAUCGCACAAUGAAAGAGGAGUUGACUGACGACACUCCCGACUUACAACAGUUGGAUCAGAUUCAGGACAACAUAUUCGAGUUGAGUAAAGCAAAAAUGGAUAAUCUGGUCAAAGAGUUUAUCAAUGCAUCGACAAAGACAUCGAGUGGACUCAAUGUCUCGACAAGAAUGGACGCCGAAGACGACUCGGAGGACAGCGACGAAUCGAAUAAUGUAUCGAUUGGUGAAAAGCGAAGAAGAUUGAGACAAAAGGCCGCUUCGUUUGGUAAAUCAGCCAAAACUGCAUGCAAUGAGAACAAUGCCACCAAUUCUACUGAAACGGCGUCUGUAGGCCCUAAAAGAGGUCGACCUAAAGUGGCCAAACUUACCGAUGAUGUCUAGUAUUUUUUUAAUGGCAAUCUCAUCUAAGUAUACAGUACUAUAUAUUAUUAUUAAU